AAAUAUUUGCGUCCAGGGAACCGUUGAUUAGGUCACAGCUAAUUAAAUACACAAUAUUUUUAUAACCAUUUAUUUCAACUAGACAGACGCGUGUGUCAUAGUUUUUUUUAAACCAUUAUUGCAUAUAAUGUCGAUGAUUCAACACGCGCACAACCCUUUGACCGCUAGAGGGAGCCGUUAAUCAUUACUAUUCAUAGAGCACUAAAUAUUUUUUCACCGCAUUAUGGACGCUCUCUCUAAAUCAACAUUAAACAUCGUUCAUAUGUCGUUUGUUGUACGUUAAAUGUCGUUUAGACAGCUAUCAAGUCGUUACUGUCGUUAAAGAAUGUCGUGUUUAUCUGUAAAUUAAGCUGAGCUGCGUGUAGGGUAGCGCGAAUUUUCUUCAGUCAAACCCUGAGAUGUGAAGACACCGAAAACAAACCCAUCACCGACAGACUGCAAACAUUUAGCGCUUCAUCACAUUCAUGUCCCCAUAAAGGACUGAGGUUCAUGAAGCUUAAAAUGAUGGUGCGUGUGAGCUGUGACAUGUAAAUGGCGUGUAAAGUGCGUGAUGCAGUGCUGUGGUAUCAGAGAAAGAUUGGUGCAUAUGACCAGCAGAUUUGGGAAAAAUCGGUGGAACAACGAGAGAUCAAGUUUAUUAUACGGGGUCUGAGGAACAAACCAAAGAAGACGGGUCAUGUGAAGCCAGACCUUAUCGAUGUUGACCUUGUUCGAGGGUCGGCUUUUGCCAAGGCAAAGCCGGAGAGCCCGUGGACGUCUCUGACCCGUAAAGGUAUCGUCAGAGUCGUUUUCUUCCCAUUUUUCUUCCGAUGGUGGAUUCAGGUGACAUCGAGAGGAAUUUAUUACCUGCUGCUGUCUCUUUAUCUGCUCCAGGUUCUUGCGGCUGUGCUGUUUUUCAGCAUUUCCAGCUCACAUGUGAUUCCCACCACUGAAGUGUUCGGUGCGUUCUGGUUAAUGUUGCUGUUAGGAACGGUUCACUGUCAGAUUGUCUCCACGCAUACUCCCAAAACCUCCAGCAGUAACACCGGCAACGGAAAGAGACGCAGGAAGUUGAGGAAAUCCGCUCAUUUGGAGGUUCAUAGAGAAGCUGACGGUUCUAGCACUACUGAUAAUGCGCAGGAGGGGGCGCCGCACAGCUCCGUCUACGCUGGCACGCGCAGCCUCGGCUCUUUCCUCAGAGGUUUCUGGCAUGAUAUCUUUAAAGCGGGGUCUAAAAAGUCCAAGCUGUCCAUCGAUAAGUCGACAGAGACCGACAAUGGAUACGUGUCUCUGGAUGGACGUUUCACCAGUAAGAGCAGCGAGGAGGGCUUACGGCUUCACCAGCCGCACUGCGAUCUGCUGCGCACAGAAGACCCCUGCUGGAACGGCCCGCUCACCAGAAACCAUCUGAUCCUGCCCACCACCUGUAAGGAGGGCGAGGUCACACGAGGUGUGGACGACGUGUCCGAUGAAGCGUCCAGCGAAGAAGACCUAGAGAACUACAGUGCCCUCCGCAGAGAGCACAAGAACAGCGACUGCAGCACGCUGCGCAACAGAAAAGCACACCAAUACAAAAAACAUUACGUGACUGAGGAGACGGUGAAAUCGGGAACCAGCUGCAGUUCCCGCUGCUCCAGUUCACGGACGCAGGAUUCGGAGAGCGUGCGGCACGGCUCUGAGACUGAGGACGUGCUGUGGGAAGAUUUUCUGCACUGCGCCGAGUGUCGCUCGUCCUGCACGAGCGAAACCGACGCUGAAGGAUCGGCCGUCUGUUCUUCCUCUAAGAAAGAGUUCAGAGACGACCCGUUUCAUCAGGGUCACGCGCCAUGGCUUCACAGUUCAAACCCAGGGCUGGAGCGCGUCAGCGCCAUCGUAUGGGAAGGGAACGAGUGUAAGAAAGCUGACAUGUCUGUGCUGGAGAUCAGCGGCAUGAUAAUGAACAGGGUGAAUCUCUACACUCCUGGGAUCGGCUAUCAGAUAUUAGGGAAUCUGGUGUCUGUGGCACUGGGUUUGACUCCAUUUGCCUUCAGAUUGUUCCAAUAUAAAGACCCGGAGCAGCUCUCUUCCCUGUCGGCCGGCGAGCUCGUCGCCGUCGCCUUCGGCUCCUCGGGCGACAUCCUGGUAGUAGCAGUGGUGACCGUGAGCUUUGUUGUGCGUGUGUGUCUCAUCUGGCUAUUCUUCUUCCUACUCAGUGUUGCAGAGAGAACGUACAAGCAGCGGCUUUUGUUUGCAAAGCUUUUCGGACAUUUGACAUCAGCGCGAAGAGCCAGAAAAUCUGAGGUGCCUCAUUUCCGUUUGAAGAAGGUUCAGAACAUCAAGAUGUGGCUUUCGCUGCGGUCGUACCUGAAGCGCCGUGGUCCUCAGCGCUCAGUGGACGUCAUCGUUUCUUCUGCAUUUCUUCUCACUCUGUCUGUGGUUUUCAUCUGCUGCGCUCAGUUGCUGCACAUGCACGAGACGUUUCUGGAGUUUCAUUAUAACUGGGAGCUGGUGAUCUGGUGCUCAUCGCUGUCGCUGUAUCUGCUGAGAUUUGUAACUCUGGGCUCAGAGACCAGCAAGAAGUACAGUAAUACCUCCAUUCUACUGACAGAACAGAUUAAUUUGUACUUGAAAAUGGAAAAGAAACCAAAUAAGAAAGAAGAACUCACGCUGGUCAACAACGUCCUCAAACUGGCCACCAAAUUAUUAAAGGAGUUAGACACUCCAUUUCGUUUAUACGGUCUCACCAUGAACCCGCUCCUGUACAACAUCACUCAAGUGGUCAUUUUGUCGGCCGUUUCGGGGGUCAUCAGCGACCUGCUGGGCUUCAAUCUGAAGUUGUGGAAGAUCAAAUCGUGAUGGGCAAUCUUGGGAUUUCAGCUUUCUGAGGUGACGCCGCUCGUGUCGAGCACACGGUGGCGCUGUUUCCACUCAUCAGAGGCAUCCUGACAAUACAGUACUCUAGCAACUCUGUUGCUAGGACAUAUGAAAGUUCUUGUGUUUAACUUGUGCAAUUCAGCUAUUUAUUUUUGUUUUGUUGUUAUUUUUAAUCUCAAGUAUUUGUUUUAGCUGUUACAAUUGUUUUUAAGUAUUAUUCUCUUUACUCUGGAUGUUUUGUUCUCAUAGGAAAGAAAACCCACCGUUCAAGGGAUUAAUUUACAGCCGAGAUCUUUCAGAUCCGUUAAGAUGCGUUUAGGGCCACAGGCAGCCUGCGAUAGAGGAGUCUUGUGGGAUGUUGAGGUAGAAACGUAAUCUGUACGCGCAAAGCUGGAAUUAAAAUAAAAAUAACUGACUUUGUUUUGUUUAUGUAUGUGAAGGAUUUUCAUCUGUGUUUGUUGAAAUCUUCAUCAAAAUUUUCAGCUGAAAACACAAGUUUUUUUAUACUCGGCAAUAAUUUAACGUAGCUCAUAGUUUAUCGUUGGAUUACACGCAUUUGGCUGGAUUUGUAUAGACGCUCCAGCGGUCUGUUUAAAUGUGUGUGACGUGUUUUGUCAGAGACUUGCGGUUAGCUGCGGUUAAUGUGCACUUUAAAAGAAAUAAUGUUACACAUUUUAAUGUUACACAGAAGCAUUUAUGCUGUUUUGAGUUUUUAUGUCAAACAGGACUGUCAGCUAAACCACCAAAGUUUCUUUUUUUUUGAAUGAAUGUAUAAACUCUGGUUUAAAACUUUGGUUUGUAAAGGGGGUUGACAGAGUUACUUUUGUGAUUUGUGUCAUCAUGAUGUACUCAGUUUGAGCUCGAAUCAUAUAGACACUCGUAUUUCUGUGUUUAGACACGAAAAUGUGCUGUUACAUAAAACACUAUUUGAGAAAAAUGUUUGGGUGUCUCGUCUGUUUUACAGAGGAUCUUCUGUUGCGUUUGAGUUUUUGAUGCGUGUGUAAGAAAGUCUGAUGUGCUAUUGUCAUGUUUCUUACAUCAACACAAAUGUAUAAAAAAUAAAUCUCUUGUCAAAACUC